AUGUCUUCGAUCGACCAACUUGAGCAAUGCCCUGGACUAUCUGGAUUAUAUCCGUACAUGCGCCCUCUAUCACUCGCCGAUGUGAAGUCAUGUGUUGAAGUGGAAAAUGCUUUCAUAGAACAGGAGAGAUGCUCAGAGGAAAAGUUCAUCUACCGACUCAGUCAAACCCCAGAGCUCUCCUUGGGUCUGUUCGUCCGCACUGAAAAGGGCGACCGUCACAUUGGUCAUGUUAUCGGCAACCGAACAUCAUUUGAUGGGAUCACGGAGGAGUCAAUGGGAAUGCCCGAUAACUGGCGGUCGUUAGCUCCCAAUGAACAGGUUGUUCGUAACGGCAAGGUAGUGGGCAAUGAAGCAAACGGGAAUAUAAUUGCGAUUCACUCGGUCGUGACAAUUCCUGAGUACCAAGGAAAGGGAAUAGGGAAGGCGAUGGUGAAGGCAUAUAUCCAAUAUAUGAGGGAGCAAAGGGUACCUGAAAAACGCUUUGUGCUUAUUGCCCACGACUACCUUGUGAAGUUCUAUGAAAGUGCUGGGUUCCAUAACCGAGGGAAAAGUCCAUGUCAAUUCGCUGGAAGUGUCUGGUAUGACUUGGCAUUGGAUAUUUGA